AUGCUCUCCAACCCACUCCACAGAGGCGCCCGCACCAUCACACAGAGCUCGAUCCGCCGUCGCCGAACUCUCCUUCUCACAUUCGACGCCUUCGAGACCCUCUUCUACCCACAUCCGUCAGUUCCCGACCAAUAUGCGGCAAUCGGCCACGAGUUCGGACUCUCCCGAACAGCAGUGACACCCGACAAGCUCAAAGCCGCAUUCAAGGACGUGUACCGCCUAAAAUCCAAACAAAAUCCGAAUUACGGUCGCGCGGACGUGCUCAAGGGUCAGUAUGGAGGGCCAAAACAAUGGUGGGAAGAGGUCAUCCGUGGGAGUUUUGGACAGGUCCUAGCCUCAGAGGAGAAUGAGAAUAAUGUACAGAGCAUAUCCCCGGAUUACGGACAGCUUGAUCUCCCCAGCGGUAUGGUUGAGACUCUACUGAAUCGGUUUGCGGGGCAUGGAGGUUACACGUUGUAUGACGAUGUAGCCCCGUUUUUCGCCCGGAUGCGUGAGCUCAGAGCUUCAUCGAAUAGCUCUCCUUUUGAUCGGAUCGUGCUGGGCGUGAUAUCCAACUCUGAUGAUCGUGUUCCCGCAGUGCUGAAAGCGCUUGGUCUACGCGUUGGAGAUACACGGGCAGAUCAGGACCGGUCGAGUAUGGAAUUGCCGGGUUUCGAGGAGCGAGACUCUUCGCAAGAGCCCCAGUCCCAGACCGCGGCUACCACGUACUUUGGCGCUCGGCCAGAUGUUGACAUUGACCUGGUGAUUACCAGCUACGAAGCUGGCGAAGAGAAACCGAAUAAGUUGAUCUUCGAUGUCGCGAAACGGCAGGCUCAAUUGCUUGUCCGACAAGAUGGGCAACAAGGCUCAACUCCAGCUGGCCUGGAGGAUACUGAUGACUGGACAUAUGUACACAUUGGUGAUGACUACCAGAAGGACUACGUUGGUGCUACUCGUGCGGGCUGGCAGAGCUACUUCCUUGAACGUAAUGGCAGUGAAGAAUGCCCUUCGAGAACUAUUCGUUCGUUGCUGGAGUUGUUCACCGAGCUGAAGAUUGGCUCAUGA